AUGGCAUCUACAUCUGAUAAGCCAUACGCCACAGAACAAAUGGUUACUGUCUCAGACAGUACAUCAACUUUUGGUGAGUCAUUUUGGGCUAAUGGAGUAUUAACCUGGUUCGCAUCUUCUGAUGACAGACAAAAGAAAGAAGAUGAAGAAUGCGAUGUGAUGGCGGAAACAAAUGCUGUGGUGGCCAGAAUAAUGUACCGUGUCGAGAGAAAUAAAAAGCUGAGAAAAUACAGGGAGACUGGAUCCUGGGAUGGAGACGAUGAAAUCACAGAUGAAGAUUAUUGUGUAAUGCUCCUUUGGCAGGAGGAAGAAAAACAAGAACGCAAAAAACGCGCACAACGUGUGGCAUUGAUGCACAGAAUAGCAGAUGAUAUGGAAAAGUGGGCCCCGGCGCCGUUAAGACCCAGAGGAUCCUCCUAG